AUGUCUCUCAAGUACCUCCUCACCGUCGUGAGCUGCCUCGGGCCGGCCCUUGCAGCUCCGACUCCCUGCGUCAAGCGCGCUGUCUCCUCUGACGAUGUCGCCUUCGGCUACGCCAGCCUGAACGGAGGUACUACCGGCGGUGCCGGCGGUACGACCACCACGGUUGCCUCGUACGCCGAGUUCACUGCCGCUGUCGAGGGCGACGAGCCCAAAGUCGUCAUUGUCAGCGGCCCCAUCACCGAGAGCGCCAAGUCGGCCACCGUCGGUAGCAACACCAGCAUCCUCGGUGCUGACGCCAACGCUGUCUUGGACGGUUUCGGUAUCAACAUCAAGAAGGCCGAGAACGUCAUCGUCCGCAACCUCGGCGUGAAGAACGUCCUCGCCGAGAACGGCGAUGCCAUCGCUGCUGAGUACUCCACCAACAUCUGGAUUGACCACGUCGAUGUCUCCUCCAACCGUGACCACGACAAGGACUACUACGACGGUCUUCUCGACUUCAAACGCGCCUCGGACUACAUCACCGUCUCCAACAGCUACAUCCACGACCACUGGAAGGCCUCUCUCGUCGGCCACUCCGACAGCAACGAGGACGAGGACUCCGGCAAGCUCCACAUCACCUACGCCAACAACUACUGGUCCAACAUCAACUCUCGCGGCCCCUCAAUCCGCUUCGGAACCGGCCACCUGUACAACAACUACUACGAGAACGUCAGCGACGGCAUCAACACCCGCCAGGGCGCCCAGGUCCUCGUCGAGUCCAACGUCUGGGUUGACGGCAAGAAGGCCCUCUACUCCACUGACGAUGGCUACGCCGUCGAGCGCGACAAUGACUUUGGUGACGCUUCCGCUGAUGCCCCUGAGGGUACCCUCACCAGCGUCGAGUACGAGUACACUGCUCUUGGCCCUGACAAUGUCAAGGCUGCCGUUGUGGGGACUGCUGGACAGACUCUUACUUUCUAA